UCCAUCCCCCUUAGUCUCUGGCCUCUACUGAUUUUCCCUCCAAAAGCUUGUACUGCAAGGAUGGAGCCAUGGGAAGCAUUGGAUGUAGACGAUUCCGACCUCCAUUCUCUCCUCCGCCCUUGUAAGCGUCUCCACCAUAACUAUAAUCUCUCCACCUCUACUUCAAAUUCUCCGCCGCUUCUGCCGCCGUCUUCUCAAUCUUCCGAAUCCUCACAAUCACAAACUUCUCAACAUCAGUUACAGUCGCCGCCUCAACGCCUCAUUCCCGGACCGGCAGGUUCCGUACAAGCUGCAAUGAUUCAACGAACUUACGAUCGUCAAUCUCAUAGUCUCAUGACCUCUCAAGGUGACAAUCUGAUACCUACGCAAGAGUACAUUAGGAGAGCCGUCGAAAAUUCUUCCGACUUCGACUAUGAUUUCCAAUCCAAUCUAUGGAAUGAUGUCCUUAAAUUUGUUGGUACGAAGAACGGAAUUCCUUGUACGCCUUUGAGCUCUGUCAAUAAAUGCCUAAAAGCUUCUAGGGUUGAUCAGGUUGUGGCGGUUGUUAAGUCUUGUACACAUAAUGGCCUUGGCGGUCUGAUGGUGACUUUGAAGGAUCAUACAGGUUCAAUUGGUGCUAGCAUUCAUCACAAAGUACUUAGCGAGAGUCGGUAUGGAAAGGCCAUUUGCAUUGGCUCAGUUUUGAUACUACAAAAGGUUGCUGUGUUUUCCCCUUCAACUUCAAGUUCAUCGUAUUAUCUUAACAUAACACUCGGGAAUCUGACAGAGGUUUUCUGCAAGGAAAGACCCCCUCCAUCAAUGCACAGCAAAGCAGCAUAUGAAGUCAACCAUAGUGAUCCUGAAAUUGCAGCUUCAGCCUCUGCUAGAAAAGCUUGUGCACUGCAGAAGAUUUCCAUCCCACAUAAAGAAACAAUUGAAGAAAUCAUAGAUGAUAGGACCACAGAAUGCAUGUCUGCAGGUGGAAGUUUGCAUAAGGAGAUUCAAAUAGACAAGGAAAAUCUAGUUCCAAGUAGUUACAUUUGCAACAAAAUUAGAGCCUUUAAGGAGACAUCCAUUGUAGACAAAGAAUGUCACAAUCAGAUACAAAGUGCUGCCAAAGAAUUUGAAGGAACAGACAGAAACAGAGGGAUUCUCCACAAAAACAAUAAUCAGCAAAUGGGAGAGAAUUUUCCGGGUUCCCUCUCGCCGGGGAACAAAAGAGCUGGUUCAAUAAAGAACCGCUUUGAUCCAGAAAUUCAGAUAGUUGAUGAAGUUAAGGAUUACAAACAGCCAAUUGUGUCGAAGGUGUCACAGCUUCAGUGGACAGAUGAACAGCUUGACGAACUGUUUGCCAGCGAGGAUGAUGAAUGUUCCUUACUCUAAAUUUUUUUGUUCACUUUGGUUUAGUUUCCAGUUAACGCUGAAAGAAAUCCCUUAUAUUCGUGUAAAGUGUGAUCAAAUCCUUUCUACUUUGAUAUCCCUAUUCCUGCAUCAUUUUAAUCACCAGUUUUCAAGCUUUCUGGAAUGUGUAAUAAAGUCCUUUUAUACUA